GCGCCCCCCCCCCCCCAAAAAAAAAAAAAAAAAAAAAGGGGGGAAAAAAUGGCGGAGGAAGAGGAAGUGAAGAUGGAAGUGGAGGCGGUGCAAUCUGUUUAUGGUCAUGAUUGCGUCAUCAUUGAAUCGUAUCCGCCGUACCUUCACCUCCACAUCAAGCCUCGCACUGCCGAUGUUUCUUCCCUGCAGUUUGUGGAAGCAGUUAUUGGAAUUCGAGCUAGCUCCCAGUAUCCUAAGGAGCCUCCUCUUGUUUAUCUUAUAGAUUCCAAGGGUCUUGAUGAACAAAGGCAAACACUUCUUUUAAGUAACAUAAGAGACAAAGCCUGUGAGCUCCCUUCUUGUUUUAUGCUUGUAGCACUUUGUGAGGAAGCGGUUGAGAGGCUUUCCGCAAUGAACCACCCUGAUGGCGAUUGUCCAUUGUGUUUAUAUCCUUUGGUGUCAGAAGAUGACCAGACAGAAAGGUUGCCUUUUAUGAAGUUGAUGUCUUGUUUUCAUUGUUUUCAUAGUGAGUGCAUUAUUAGAUGGUGGAAUUGGCUUCAAAUUGAGAUCAAGACUAAUGCUAAGAAUGUCUCUAGUGCAACUUUACAUUUAAGGAACAGAGGAGAUAGACAAGAUAGGAAUGGAGCUGUAGAAGAAAGCAUGGGGAAUUGUCCUGUUUGUCGUAAAGUUUUCCAUGCCAAGGAUUUUGAACAUGUGCUUGACCUGGUUGGCUCUCAUUCUUCUCAACUGAAUGCGGAGAAAACCGAAAUUAAAGUUGAUGAAAUUCUUCUUCAUUCAGACUUAGAGAAUAUGAGGCAGAAAUUCGAGGCUAUAUCAAAACUACAGCAAGAAAACUGUGGGUUGAUUGGAUUAAAGUCAGAGCAAGUGGUGUUGCCUAGCAUAAAUCCUCAGAAUACAGUCGCAUCGUCUGAGCAGACAUCGGCCAAGGAAACAACUGGGCAAUCACAAAAUGGUGCAGCAGCAAAUUCUAGUAGUUCGUUGACUAGGCCUACCACCAGGAGGCAAAGACCACAAAAUUCUCGAAAACAUGUAAAACAAUGGGUUAGAAAAGACAUUGGUGGUGGUGCAGAUUAAAGCCGAUUUUCGUCCAAGAGUUGAUAAAAGACUUGCGCGUUUGUUCAUGUUUGUAUGAAGUAACAAUUUUAGCACGAGGCGAAGAAAGAGAGUAAGAAAUUAGACAAAUGCAAACUAGAGUUAUUGAGUCCAAGUCAAGGUUGUACUUUUUGAGACGGUGCAACCCACUAAGCUUAAACCGUGUUUGAAAAAGGUGUAAUCUGGGUCAGGUCUAAGUCCAGUGGAUUAUUUAUGUGGUUGACCCACUCUCUAUUAAGAGCUUAGGUCAUAAUUGAUUUAACUAAAUCGAUUCGGUUCGUUAUUUUUAAUUAAAAAUCUAUAUCUAUUUCA